CAUUAGAAACUGUAGUUUUUAUUUUUGAUACAGUUGGAUUUUAAAAGUAACUUUGUACAAAUUUAUUCGAAAAUAAAAUUGCAGUGAUAUUGUGUACAAACUACUGAAAAUCGCUAAAACUUAUUCAAGAUGCAAUCGAGGGUGCUAAGUCCGCACAACCAUAUUGAAAUUAACCGGGAGCGUCAACGCGUCGUGCGAACUAAGUUAAGCGACGCACAUUUUCAAAGCAAUCGCAUAAUAGAUAUCAGUCCCACUUCGUCAAAAACAUUAACACAAAAGGAGCAGAAACUGAACAGCCUUUCAACGACUGCAGCAAAAAACCAGCAAGAAAAUGCACUCCCGGCGCCAAAUAUAAAUCCUGUCAAUAAGAUAACAAAGCGCCAAGGCCAUUACUUGCAACGCUUUCUCGGGUGGAAGGAGUGGAAGGAGGCUGAAAAGCAGAAGAAAAGGAAAGAAGAAAAGGACGCGCAACCAGAUUCAAAUAGUGAAGUAGAAGCGCAGGAAAAAAGACGCUCACUAUACGUUUUUGAGUCCAAAGCAGAGAUGACUGCUCCAAUAUCUUUGCAAUUGCCGGCCGCAAAGAAACCCUUGGGUUUUGCUUCUACUAGUGCACUAUUUGCGAAUGCACCUAUCGCCACAGCGACAAAACUUUCUAUUGCGUCUACAUCUGCGGUUGCAAAGACUGCGGCAAGCGCAGUUAAGCUUCAAGCUACUGGCCGAAAUCUUCCAAGUGCUGGAAUAAAGCCUCAAACAGUUGUAAAGAAUCGUUCGACGAAGCCGCCACUAACUGCAUGCGAUAAUCAAGCAGGGAAUCUGAAGCAGACAGCGAAGAGUCUGCAAGGACCCACUGAACCCAUAAUAAAAAAGACACAAAGAGAGGUUGACUUUAAACAAAAGCCGCCGACGACCCUUGGACUUAAAAAAAUGAUGGUAGGGUCCGUUAAAAACGCAUCAAGUUCGUCGAAUUUUAGGACACAGCCAACCGAAUUACCCGCAACAAGCAGAAACAGGGGAAGAGGUGGUGUAGCCCAAAGCAAAACUACAUCCAAAAACAGUCUUUCCUCACAGCUCUCGACACGCAUGAAGUCCAAAAAGCCAGCGUUCCUGAAUUGCAAGCAAAAACAAGCAAUACUUACCAAACCAACCUUGCUGCAAGCAACUUGCGAUUUGCAGACUCCCAAUACGUCACUUCAUGUUGUCAGCAAUAAGCAUUUAUUCAAUGCAAUGGCGACAUCUACUGAGUGCAAGUCCAAUAAAUGUAGCGAUAAUUUAUUGGAGACUUACGGAGACAUAACCAAUAUAAGUCCUGUGGCAGUUGGCGAUAACUCCAAUGGGACAGUGUCUGGUGCUAAGAGGCUAUUGUUGACAUCGUCGCCGACAUUAAAGGAGUCGCAACACACGAUGCAGGCAGUUGAGGAUGACAUGACGAUGUUGACGACGACCCCGAUACGUACUGAUAAGCAGCAAAAACGUCGCUCAAUGUAUGAAUCCAAAGCAGAGAUGCCGGUUUCUAAUUCAUCGAAAAGCAAAAAGCUUCCAGAUAUUCCUAAGGUAACAACAGGUCCAAUAUCUAUGCAAAUGCCGGCCGCAAAAAAAACUGUGGGUUGUGCUGCUACUAGUGCAGUAAAGUCCAAAGCAUUCGCGAAUGCAGCUGCAGUUAAGUCAAAGCUUGUGGCCAAAUCAGUUAAGCCUUUCGCUAUUGGCCGAAACCUACAAAAUGCUGAAAUGAAGCCUCAAUUGAAUCGUUCGACGAAGCCGCCACUAGCAGCAUCUGAUAAUCAAGCAGUAAAUAAGCGGCAGACAACGAAGUCUCUGCAAGCAUCUACUGAAUCUAUAGUUAAAAAGCCACAAAUAGACCCUGAACCUAAACGAAAGCCACCAACAACCCUUGGAGUUAAAAAAAAUAUGGCGGGGUCCAUUAAAAACGCAUCAAAGCCGCAAAAUUUGAUGACACAGCCAUUUGAAUUACCCGGAACAAGCAGAAACAGGGGAGGAGGUGGUGCAGCCCAGUGCAAAACCAAAUCAAAAAACAAUCUCUCCUCACAGCUCUCGACACGCAUGAAGUCCAAAAAGCCAGCGCUCAUGAACUGCAAGCAAAGACAAGCAAUAUUGUCCAAACUGAACCUACUGCAAUCAACUUGCGAUAUGCAGAGCCCCGAUACGUCACUUUAUGUUGUCAGCAAUAAACAUUUAUUCAAUGCAGCGGCGACAUCUACCGAGUGCAGGUCCAAUAAAAGUAGCGAUAAUUUUUUAGAGGCCCACGGAAAGAUACCCAAUAUAAGUUCUGUGGCAGUUGCCGAUGAGUCCAAUGAAAUAGUGUCUGUUGCGGAGAGACUGUUGACAGGAUCCCCGACACUAACGGAGCCGCAACUCACGUUGCCUGCAGAAGAGGAUGACAUGACAAUGUUGGCGAAGUCCCCGAUACGUACACAAGCAAGUCAAUCAAUUUACCUAAGUCCUUUUGUGACCGUAGCACGUGGAAAAGCGAGCACACGGAUGCAGCGUGACAAUGCCAACAACACUAGCACACAGAGUCCAAGUGAGAAAAAACCGGAGACUCCCGUUGCUGUGCGUAGCACACUAGACUCUGUACAAUACUUUCGAAUGCAACUGGAUAAAGAAAUUAGACGCCUGCAUUCGCUUUGUGCCGAGUGGCAGUUAUAUAACAACCAAAAUGAAGUGCGACUUCUAGAGAAUGGGGCAAAGGACAUGAUAGAUGCGGCUAUUGGACAGACAAAUCUGCUUACCAGCAAGAAACUAAUGCAGUUUAAGAGUCUUAUUGAUCGCUGUGAAGCGGGUGCUACCGGCAUUGGUUUGCCUCCCAAUGAUGGCAGUGAGGCUUCUAAACCUGUGUUCGUUGAAGAUUUAGAGGGGUGGUGGGAUAUGUUACGUUUACAGAGCGAAAAUGUAGACAAACGCUUCGAUAAUCUGCUGCGUUUGAAAGCCAACGAUUGGCUGGAUCCAGAAGCGGAGACAGUGCCCAAAACCAAAUCAAAAGUGGGGCUUAAAGCAAAACGAAAACAAAUCGCUAAGCCAAGCAGCGACUUAAGAAGCUUUUUGCGAAAGGCUUAUGCAGCCAAGCGAAUAAAUCAGGUAUCUGGCGAAAUCAACGAGCAAAACAGCCAGCCAAACCUUACUCCGAAGCGUCACUCACAGCAUCGUUUUAUUGUGGUUCGCGACCGCAAAUCCUUCUCGCCGGCACGAACCGUGCUUCGGGUAUCACGUGACACCGAUAAUCGGCAAUCCAUUGGCGGUAAUAGUUUAUUGAAGUCUGCUAUUAUGGGCGCAGCGGAGCAAGUAUCUCGUCAGCAGAUGACGCCACGUUCUGAGCUGCCCAUGUCCAUUUUAAAAACGCCUGGAACCAAAAAACGUGAGUCUGGUGCCCACGGUGUUAUAUUUAGCGCCAAGAAAAAAGUGCGUCGUUUUCAGUUCACCUUCGACGAAGGCAAUAUUAGUGGAGAUGAGGUUGUCAUUGGCAACAAGCUGGAAGACUGUGAAGAGGACAUGACUCCAGAAAAACCCUCGCCUCGAAACGGUCAGCGAAUGACUUCAGUAAAUGAAGAAACUGGGGAAAGCAAUGGGAAUGCGUCAAGGGCGUAUUCGCUUCGCAAUCGUUUGAUUAAAUUAAGACCAUCAUCGGAGUUUAUGUAGAAUUUAAAAUGGUCGAUCUAUUUUUCAAAUUUAUUUAAAAAGUUUUUUAUGUUUCGAAUUUUUUUCUGCGCCUAUCAUCGAGAAUUCUAAAAUGAUUGUGUAUUGUAUUUUAGUGUUAAUUAUGUUUGAAUAGUCUUAAUGUUUAUUUACUCAUUUUAUUAAUAAAAAAAGAAGGUUUUUAAAGAA